GAUGCCUUCCUGAUAUCGUUUGAACUGAGGAUACCAUUAACUUCCAUCCUCAUCGCACCACUUUCUAAGCCUAAAAGUGAGCUCCGCUUUUUCUUUUAAAUGGAAACCGGGUGGCUAAUGAGUUAGUGAUGUCUACCAGAGUUAUAAUCCCGUUCUUCCACGCAAAUCUAUUUCUGAAACAGCACAUACAGUGUGUUGAUGUUUUGGCUGUUUUUUUUAAUGCUGGCCUUACUUUGGAAUGCCGGACAAAGAUUAAGCAAAUUGGCCACCGUGCUACAUGGCCUAAAAUAGCUCUGGGACACGGCUGAGAGGCUUUGACCGUAGCUUGGACGUUGACGGAUACUACCUUGGUGCUUUCUCUGAAUCCGCUGCAAUGUGAGAAAUAAGUCACUCAACAUGAACAACACGCCCACACAGGACAAGUCCCUGCAGAGGGUUUCCUCGGCCAGCGGGCACACAUUACCCUCCCGAUCAGUACAGCCCACGUCGGACCCCUCAGUCCCUAAGCGGCUAUGCUUUUACAAAAGCGGCGAUCAUAAAUUCAGCGGGCACCGCAUGGUUAUAAAUGGCCGCACCUUCAAGACAUUCGACGCCCUCCUUGACACCCUAUCCAAAAAAGUGCCUCUGCCCUUUGGGGUGCGGACCAUCACCACUCCUCGAGGGACACACUUUGUAAAGGGAUUGGAUGAUUUACAGGACGGGGGCUGCUAUCUUUGUUCCGACCAGAGGCGGGUCAAGCCUCUUAACCUGGAGGAGGUGAGCCGACGGCAGGUACCCUGGAACACCCCGAGAGCCUUCAUUGCGGGGCGGUGGAGGCGCCAGGGGGACGGAACUGGCAACAGGCCGGCAAAAGUGGCACGACGUGUGGCCGUGAGAACUCCAAAGAGGCUGGUGGUCAUCAGGAACAAGGAUCCUACACUUAGACGCACGAUUGUGCUGCAGAAACGCACGGCGCCGACCUUUGACGCUCUGCUGGACUACCUCUCCCAGAUUUUGCAGUUUCCGGUGCUGAAACUCUACUCUGUUGACGGUAGAAGAAUUGGCGGUCUGGCAGCCCUGAUCUUGUGCUCUGGAUUCAUUGUGGCAGCAGGCAAUGAGCCAUUCAUGAUAGGCAAUCACAGCUUUCAUGGGACAAGCCAGACGGUCCAGGCGAUGUUUAUGGAAGCAGUGCAAGCAUCUACGCAACAGCCUCAAGCUCACAACAACAAAUUACUUUCCGGUGGAAGACGCUCCAGAAACUUUUCCUUAUCAUCUGAGCAAUAUAUCAUCAACCAGAUAAACAAAUCUCGAAACGGAAGUACGGACAGUCGGAAUCUUUGCUCUGGAUCUAGAUUUAGAAGUACGUGCCUGGAGGCGUGCGGGACCACAAGGGCGGACAACGAGCACCACGCCUGCAUUUUACCUCUGGACGACGACAUCGAGAAAUCUUUCCGAGUGAAUCAAGACGGCAGCAUGACAGUGGAGAUGAAAGUGCGCCUGACCAUCAAGGAGGAGGAAGUGCUCCACUGGACCACCACGGUCAGCCGCCCCAGGAGGACAGUUCGUACCUUAGUAACAGAGUCAGGCAACAUUUCACCUGACUCAAACAUCUAUGUUGCCAACGAACCCUCAAAUAUAUGUAAAGAUGGGGAGAAAAAGGAAAAUCAGCCUUCCACAAAUGAAGAUGUUAGUUUUAAUGACAGCGAGGAAUCAAAAGUUGCAAGAAAAUGUUAUAGACGAACUCCUACUCCAGGUCCUUGUCGUGUGCAGAAGCAGCCGUCUGUUGAGAGUGUGAAGAUGCUGACUGACACUGGGGUGCAAGAGAGCACAUUUGGCCAUUAUUCCUGUACAAAGAGGACUGCUGAAGGACACACAGCUGAGGGAUACUGCAUAGUAAGACAGGGCAGCAACACCCAACCUGUUCCAAAGCACCGGAAGUCUGUUCUAAAACAUUCAUUCAACAACACCUCUUUCCACAAGUCCACAGGAGUUGCAGAGGUUCUUAAGAUAGAAAAUACUGGCUUGGAUGUUAGAGAGACUGUGAUGCAUAUUUAUGAGAGUCAAGGCUGCUACAAUAAUUACCUUGUAAAGGAGGGGUCUGGUGAAGAAGAUGAACCUUGGCAUUGUUCAUCAGAAGGACCACAAAGCAAUCCGUCCACUGCCUCAGGGCCAACUUCCAGCAAUGAAAUUGACUUUAGCAGGCAGCAACAGACUGCUGACUCACUCCAAAGACAGAAAGAGGAGAUGCUAUCAUUGUCGUCAGAGCCACUGGCAAACAGUAUUUCUUCUACGUCUAAGAAUGAAAACAAAACUGAAAAUGUCCCACCACAUAAGCUCCAGAAAAAUACAGAUACCAAAAAGGCCUCACAGUCAGGUUUAGCUGGUAAAAAGUAUGACAGCUCUGGCAGACUGACAAAGCAAGGCACAAAUCUAUCAACUGACAAGAUCGGUAGCCAUGUUGGUGGAGCGAAAAACAGUUCAUCAGAAAGUGCUAAAAGUGGUCUAAACCGUAAAGUAGACCGGACAAAUAGACAUGAAAAGGAAUCAGAAUCAUCAUUUAGAGCUUCAACCGAGGAACACAACAACAAUAAAGCUGCUAAGGAUAACGGUCACAAUGUCAAUACCCCGUCGGUAAGGCCUGUGAUGAAAAAGAACGUUUCAGAUCUUUUAAAGCUCCAAAAGUCAUUUGGUUCAAGAAAAAAGACCAAAUCCACGAAGGGCAAAAGGAUAUCAUCCUUAGAGUUGAGCCAGAAUGUUUCAAAGGCUUCUUUUAAUCCAACCCCCUCCGAAAUACACCAAUAUGUUGAGAACUGGUUAGAGGAGGUUACUCCAGACCCAGUGGCGUACAUUGAGAAGGCAACCACAGUUGAGACGGACUCACAAACAAAGGUAUUAUUUCAGAUAGGUUGUGAUUCAGAAAUGGAGGAAAACAACCAAACCCAGAACGACCCGCAAGACUACUAUAAGUCACAUUGUAAUGAUUUGACAAAGUUGUCUCCUUGUCUAUCGGUUUCGCUUAGAGGGCAAACAAUUACACGGGGGCCAAAUGAACAGAAGCUGAGAGGUGAUUCGGUACUAAGUGACACAUUCGAAUCCGUCCACCAAACAAAUUGCAUAGGGUCAAAUCAAUGUUUUAAAUCAACCCAUUCAACGGACAAUGAGUCACCCAAAUGGCCAAAUAAAGAUAUAACAACUGUCCUGCAGCAACUUUGUUUGUCAAUUCAGUCCACCCACAAAUUGGUCAGUCCACUUGAUUUCUCAUCAAAUGUGGCUUCAUUGUUUGGCUCUUCAUUCAAUGCCUUCUUGUCAUUCUUGUUAGUGAGUGCUGUGAGAGACAUUUUAGCGGACAAUGUCGUCCCUGAGGCCUUGUUUAUUGUGAAAUCCCUGCAAGACAUCUCUGCCAUCGAGGACCGGAAUGAGCAACUUGCAAGACUGACUGAUUUGCACAGUGGAGCGUCUUCGGAGCUAAUUAAGUGCUGGACAGAUUUCCAGACUUUAACUGAAAAUAUGGAGACCGAAUCUCUUGCCAAAGUUCUAGAAGCCAAAAAUGCAGUUUGUGAGAGGGAUGCAUUUGAAGUCUGGGGUUUGGGUCUUGAUGAGCUAAUGAAGGAGCUGAGUAUGCCGUAUGAACUCAGAGCAGAGAUUUCUUCAGCAAUUCGCCAAGGAACAAUUUUACCUUUGAAACAACAAUGUAAUCAAACAAACCACCCAGGUAUGGAGUCGGUUGUGCUAGACUGUGACACUGAAUCAAAACAAUGUUUUGAUAAUGCUUGCUACAAUGAAAACCCAACUGGUAAAGAUAACACUGGGGGGAUGAUGGUUCAGUCUGAAGAAGAACGAGUUAAGAAAGGAGGCCAAAAUGCAGAAGAAUCCGAAGUAUUGCAAAUAGAGACAGAUGAAUCCUCAGUAGACGAGAAAAAUGUGGCACUGGUAAAGGGAGAAGAAGACCACAUGAUGGAGAAUGAGAAGGCAGUGGUUCAAGGAGAGAAAGAUCAUGAUGGAAGGGAGACUAAAUUAAAACAAAGUGAAGGGGACACAGAAGAGGAAGCAGUAAGUAAAGAAAGUGAAGCAAACACAGGACAAGAAGAACAAUCAGAUGAGGAAGAAGAGGAGCAAAAAGCAGAUGUAGCUGAUUCAGAGGAUGGAACAACAGAUAAGGAACAUCAGGAAGCAGGAGAGGGUGGUGUUGAGACGGAUGAGUGUAAAGCUGAAAAAGAAGACAAGGGGAACGAUGUGGUGGCACAGGAUGAUGAGGGGAGUAACGAGGAAUGGAGAGAAGACACAUAUGAGGUAUACGAAGUAGAAAAGCAGGUUGAAGACAUCAAGGCAGAACGUGUGGGAGAUCUUGUCGAGAUGAUUGAAAAAGUGGACAACGAAAAAGUGCAAAAAGAAAACACAGAGGAGGUAGAAACUGAACUCAUUAGGGAGGACUGCCAUGAUAAUAGUCACACCCCUGAACCUUUACCAGAUGAAGAAGAAAUUAAUCCUGUUGUAUCAGAACAGAUAGAAAAGCAAGUUGAAGAUAAAGAGGCAGAGGACGAAUCUGCAGAAGGGAUCAUAGCUGUCGAGGAAGUGGAAAUGUCUAAUCAGACGCAAACUCAAGUGGAGAGGACAGAUGGUGAAGAUAAUGUUGAAUAUUUAAAUGAGGGAUUUGGCAAAGAACCAAAUGAAGAGUUGGACAACACAGGAAGUGUCUCUGAUGAAACCUUUAGAAAAAGUCCACAAUCCAGUGAGAUAGACGAGAAUGGAAGCAUGGAGGCAAACGUGGAAGUUGAAAAUAGCAAGGAAUCAUAUCUGAAGUAUUUGUCUGAUGAGCACUGUGAGGAGGAUGCAGCUAAUGCAAAUGAUUCUUUUAACCACGCACAGCUGCAUCAUCAAGGUAGAAGCAACAGCCUAAGCCACCCAGUCGAAAUAUCACAAGAACUCCUGGACUUUGUCAACUCUGCGUUGCAGUCUUCCUCGCUCAUAUUUACCUAUGACGAUCGUGGCAACAUUAGGAUAGAGCCGGAUCGUGCUCAAAUCGCUGAAACAAAGCAAACUCUUAUUCCUGAGAACCAAAGGGAUUGUUUGUAUGGUUCAACAUGCCUUCCGAGCCCAAUAACCUCUGAUUUGUCCGACUACAGACCAGAAAGUUUGGACAGUGGUGGAUAUCAAAGUCAGGACUCUGUAGACAUAGUUUCGGAGAGUAGUGAAGAAGCUUCUGAGGGAGCGAAUCUGGGGAAAAACUCCAAAGUGUCCAUGGCAAAUAAUUCAAACGGUGUACAAAGCGGAGGAAGUAUAUCUUCUUGUGACUCCUUCACUAAAGCCUCCAGAGAGGUUCUGUCUUAUUGUAGCAAAGUAAACACAUCAAAAUUGGAUAGCGACCCAGUGACUGAGUCAGAACAGCCCCAAGACCUCAAUGACGGCGUCUUGAUUGACGAAGGUAGAUGGCUGCUCAAGGAAAAUCACCUCAUAAGGAAUUCGCCUCCAGUUUCUCAAGGCAUGUAUCAGGAUUUGGACAGCAGCUCAACUCAAGAGAACUCAAGUGAGGACUCUUCGACUCACCUUGCUAGUCAGCACACCCCUCUCACAGUUAUAUCCUCAUCAGAGCUGGAAGAGAUGGCCAAGCCUCAACCUCCAAGGUGCUGCUACUUCACCAUGCCCCAUGGAAGUGAUUCAGACCCUUUCCCAGAGGAUGCCAGUGACACAAGCAGGAGCAACGAUACGAGCAGCUUGGAAGAGCAAGGCUUCAGGGUGUCGCCAACUAUCGACACCUCCAAAACUUGGGCAAAUAAGAACGGAAGCCUUUCUUCAUUUGUGUCAGUGGAGUUUAGAGUGCCAGACAGAAAAGUGCACCCUGAGGUAGGGGAGUCCUCCUUAACUGGGGAAGUAGCAAGAGGAACAUCUGGUGGUACAAGGGCAGUACUGCAGUCACAAGACUCUUUAGAUGCAUCAUCGCAUGUGAGAUGUGGGCAGUACUGCCUCAUUCUAUGACUAGAACUAGUCUUACCCUUGAUUAUUUAACAACAUUUUUGGAGAAAUGUUUGUGAUACAUUUCCUUAUAAUACACAAUUCUGCCAAAAUAUUAACCAAGCUUUAUGGUCAUGUUUAUUCCAUUACACCGCCUUGUUUUUUUUAUGUUUCUUUGAUACUAUACAGUAUAAAAUAUCAACUAAUAAUGAAGGUUUAUAGCUAAGGACUGAUAAGUGACAAAAUGUGAUGUUAUAUUGUAUAAAUAUGUAAAUGAGUCAAUAAAAUAUUGCUCUAUUCAUACAAGUGCCAUUUCUAUUUACCCUUAUCAUGCAUGGAUAACAAAUGUGAUAACAUUAUUAGUGUUUAGACCAAGUACUGCUCAUGCCUUCAGCAGCUUUGAGGACUUUCAUAAGGUUGGCAACAGCAGAGCAUGUGACUUCUAAACAUGAAGACAACAUGGUCUUGAUUCCCGUAGGCUAUCGGUAAAUGGACUUUAUUGUCAAUGCGUUAUGGAGAAGUAAAGUCAAUUAUGUAAAUGUUAUUUACUGUCUUC